AUGAAAUUGUACGUGACAAUUUUUUUGGCGGCCAUCGUCUACGUUUCUGGAGACAAACUCCAAAACACCUACCUCCCUCCGUUGAACGCUAGAGGAGCAGGAGGAAACGGCCAGUUCCUGCAAGCUCCACUCCAUUCUUCUUACUCCAAUCAAGCGGUGUUUAAAUCUUAUUCCACACCAUUUGGACCUGCUUUCCCUAAUCCUCCUGCAGCCCCAGCUAGUCUCUACAACACUCCCGUUGCCUCUUCCAGAAUCCAUUCCGGACCAAUCGUACCGAUCCUCAGGUUGGAUAACCAGAAUAACGGAGACGGAAGCUACAGAUAUCAGUAUGAAACCGGAAAUCACAUUUCCGCCCAAGAAUCCGGUCAUCAAACCGGCCACGAGUCGCAGGAAGUCCACGGCGAUUUCUCCUAUCAAUCACCGGAGGGACAAUCGAUUUCCUUAUCUUACGUGGCAGACGAAAACGGUUUCCAACCGUCCGGGGCUCAUCUUCCAACUCCACCUCCAGUUCCCCAGGAAAUCCUGAUCUCGCUCCAACAAAAUGCGGCCGAAGAAGCUCGCGGCGUACAUGAUGACGGAUCGUAUCGCCAUGAUGAAUCCGGGGAUUAUUCUGCGAGGGUUUCCAGUCAUUACUUGGCUCCCGUUGCCAAAAAUGGACUAAGCAACCAAUAUUUGGCUCCCGCUGUUUCCAAAUUGAGUAACCAGUACUUAACACCAAAAGUCAACAGCCAAUAUUUACCACCACUUAAUUCUGGAUACAGAUAUUAAAUGUUUUGUAUGACAAUUGCAAAUAAAUUUUUAAAUAAUUUCAA